CCCCUGACAACCGUCUGGGGAUAACAGGAAUCUUUUCUCAGAACUUUUCUCUUCACCUCUGGGCAGACAGACGCGGCCAGCCAUGUCUACCAAGGCUACCACCCCUAACAAGCCUCGGAUGCUGAGGGUAUCUGACGUACGCCGGGAGCUCCGGAGCCUUCUCCUGGGGGCAGAGAUGGCUCACAAGGCUGACAUCCAAACAUACAGCUGUGGCCACCUGAGCCCUUACGCCCUGAGCCAGACCCAGCCCCACCGGAGGAGGACAGAGGAACCAAUCUGGGAGAUGUCUGAGGUCCAGGACAGAGAGAAGGAUGAGGAGGAAGGCCUGAAUCCCAGUCCUUUUACGCAACGCCUCCAGAGACAAACCAAGAUGGCCGCCAACAUCGAGAAGAUGACGGAAGCCAUGUUUGACUUCACUGUCGCCAAGGGGCUAAAACCUACAGUCUUGAAGCCUGGGCAGCAUGAAAGCCUUACUGGCACACAGAGAGGAACGAAGGGAGAGGAAGGAGAAGAAAGAGAGAGGAGGAGGAAAACAAGUCUCAAGAUGGUUCUGGACACCUCUGAGCUCUUCCUGGUCAAACCCAGCGUAGCAUCACAGACCAAACCUCCUGGAGGUGUUGAGGGGAACCAGGAAAGGUACUGGUUCACUCAGUCUCACCUGGGGGGCCUGACCAAGAAGGACCAGAUGAGGAUGAUGAGACACUUUGACAAACAGGUGUUGAGGAAGCAGGACCUCAGGGACAGGAACUGGAUCCGCGGGAACAAGGCUGCUGAGGUCUACGAGUGGAAGCUAGAGAAGGUGGGGAAGACUAACGUGUUUCUUUUUGGUUGUACAAAUUUGACCCGGUACAGUAUAAACGUCACGUAA